AUGACGGAAUUGUUUGCUGCCCUUCGCUCGGCGGGAAAGGAACAGGACGAUGUGGAUAAGGAGGGUGAUGUGGUGGAAGCGGAUGCUAUCCUGGGGGAGGUUCCCUUCCUUGUUGCGAAAGCUGCUGCUGUCGUCGCCGAUCUUGUUGUCGUUGAGACUGCAGUACUCCGAGCGGCCCGCGGCUCCAAGGCCAACAUCACAGGCUUCAACAUGCGAGCGUUCAAAGAGUCUGCCGGCCAACCGCGAUACGACCCCUGGGAGCGAGCUGAGGCCUGGAGAUACACCGGCACCUUCUCUCGAUUCAACCGCUUCAAGGGCUCGCUGCCUGGCCUUGGCACAGCCACCGUCGCUUUUGCCGGGUACUGCGUCUACGAGCACUUUUUCAUGCAGGACGAGCAUCACGGCGAGGCUCACCACUAA